AUGGGGAGAACGAAGAACAAGCCAAGAAACAACUUAAAUACAGCCAUCAGCGAGACACACUCAACUGUGAAUUCUAAUAAAACUGAAUCGCUUCUAGCAAGUUUUGAUUUACCUACAGCGGAAUUUUUUGCAUUAGUCACUCAAAAUGUAGAUCGUCACCGUCUCAGGGUAUUUGACACGCAUACGGGUACAGUUAACAAUGAUUUUUCUUCGGAUAAAGAAGAUAAAUUCACCUGCUUGUCUUGGGGAAAAGUAUAUGACGAGGAUUUGAACGGCAAAGUUGACGCUCCUCCACCAAAAAAGAAAAAGAAACUAUCAUCACAAAUUCAACAAUUUAGUAAAGUUAUCGCUCUCGGAUUGCAGAAUGGUUCUAUUGCCAUUUACUCAAUUGCUCACGGAGACAUUGUAAAAACACUGAGCGGUUCACAUAAAUUACCGAUUAACAAUUUUAUUUUUUCUAAAAAUGGAAAAAAAGCUUAUUCUUGCGCUGAAGACACGUAUAUUGUUGAAUGGGAUUUUGAAAAGGGGGAUAUAAUUAGUAAAUGGAAAGUUGACGCCCAAACGACUAAAUAUAUUAUUGCGCUUUCGCAUGAUGAGACCAAAUUGUUAUCCGCAGGACAUACCAUCAAAUUGUGGGAUUUGCGAUCAAAACAGGUUCUCAAGAGCUUCACUGGACAUGUGAGCAUAAUAACUAAUAUUAUGUUCUCAUCUAGCGAUGGUAUCUGUGUGUCGACUGCAGAACACGAUAGAUUCAUAAAUAUUUGGCAAUGUAAAGGAAAUGAACCACAAGGCGUUGGUUUUGCUGCACUCACUCUGGAUGAGGACACAAAAGGUCUUUCGAUAUCUAAAUUUAACGCCAUUCUGGCAAUUUCUGAAACGGGUAUCAUAAAUAUUUUCAGAGAUGUGAAUUCCCAUUCUCCCGUGCAGUUAAAUAAAAAGAAAAAACGAUUUACAACACAAACGCCAGAUUGUAUAGUUAAGGUUCUAAAUGAAAAUGAUAACACAGUAAUACCAAUUCUUUCUGCAUGUUUUUUGGACGAAAAUGAAAAUGAAGAAAGUGGAUUUAUAAUGGUCGCCAGAGGGAGUACAGUAAAACCUAUUUUUGAAAAAGUGCGGUUCAUCAAUGAAGAAAGUGGAGAGUUCUUACAAAAUGUGACAUUAAUGCGCCAUCCAUCAACUGGUUUCUUAGUAGAUGAAUCAAGUUUGGCAGCUAAAAAUUUGGCGGCUACACAAAAAUCAUAUGAUGAGUCAAAAGCCAACGUGCUAAGUAGUUCAAAUUACGAAAUACCAAAACCACCCGCAGAAAUUGACAAACCCACUCAAGAUUCAUCGACUCAAAAUUCGCUGAACCAAGAUUCAUCGACUCAGGAAGAAACAUUAGAAACAAGAUUGAAUGAACUUGAUUUGAUGAGUGUGGAAUCUGAAACCUCUCAAAAGUCAUCGCACACACCAAAGUUUAAAACACUCCAAGGAAAUUCCAUGCAGCAGAUGUUAGUUCAAGCAUUACACUCAAAUGAUGAUCAUCUAUUUAAUUUAGUUUUGGAACAAACAAACCCAGAUAUUGUUAGCAACACUGUUAGAAAAUUACCUACAAAGUAUAUAAUACCUUUCUUGGAAAAGGUGAUCACAAGGUUUUAUGAAAAACCUAAAUCCGUAAUGAAUAUGUUACAAUGGAUAAAGGCUGUACCUGAUUUAACUCAGAAACUUUCGGAUUUUUAUCAAGCAUUGGAUUCUCGAUCGGCUGUAUUUCAAAAAUUGUUGAAUUUUCAAGGACGUCUAGAUUUAAUAAUGCAACAAAUAGCGAUGCGGAAAACUCAAGGAGCUGUAACAACAAACGGAUCUGAAACCGUUUAUGUCGAAAGCAGUAGUGAUGAUAACAUUAGUGAAGACGGUCUUGAUAUAAUGGAUCAUACAAAUGAAUCAGCUAGUGAAGGAUCGUCCGAUUCUGAUGAU